CUGCCGCUGCCGCCGCCGCCGCCGCCGCCGCCGCCGCCGCCCCGCCGUCCCGGGUCAUGGUGCUGGGCCGCGGGCUGCUCGGCCGCCGGAGCCUUGCCGCGCUGGGAGCCGCCUGCGCCCGCCGUGGCCUGGGCCCAGCCCUGCUGGGAGCCCUUCUCCAUCACACGGACUUAAGGAAGAGCUUGACCGUGGAACAGGGCGCCAUGAAGGUUGAGUUACUGCCCGCGCUGACCGACAACUACAUGUACCUGAUCAUCGACGAUGAGACCAAGGAGGCCGCCGUCGUGGACCCGGUGCAGCCACAGAAGGUUGUAGAGACGGUGAAGAAGCACGGAGUGAAGCUGACCACGGUGCUCACCACCCACCACCACUGGGAUCAUGCCGGCGGAAACGAGAAGCUGGUCAAGCUGGCGCCUGGGUUGAAGGUGUGCGGGGGUGACGACCGGAUCGGGGCCCUGACUCACAAGGUCACGCACCUGUCCACACUGCAGGUGGGGUCUCUCCACGUCAAGUGCCUGUCCACGCCGUGCCACACAUCUGGACACAUCUGCUACUUCGUGAACAAGCCCAGCAGCUCCGAGCCACCUGCGGUGUUCACAGGUGACACCUUGUUUGUGGCCGGCUGUGGGAAGUUCUACGAGGGGACAGCGGAUGAGAUGUACAGAGCCCUGCUCGAGGUCCUGGGCCGGCUCCCUCCCGACACGAGAGUGUACUGUGGCCACGAGUACACCAUCAACAACCUCAAGUUCGCGCGCCACGUGGAACCCAACAAUCCCGCCGUUCAGGAGAAGCUGGCCUGGGCCAAGGAGAAGUACAGCGUCGGUGAGCCCACGGUGCCAUCAACCAUCGCCGAGGAGUUCACCUACAACCCGUUCAUGAGAGUGAGGGAGAAGACGGUGCAGCAGCAUGCUGGGGAGACAGAGCCCGUGACCACCAUGAGAGCCAUCCGCAAAGAGAAGGACCACUUCAAGGUGCCCCGGGACUGAGGAGGCCGUGGGGCUUGGGGCGCCCCUGGCCGCUGCCCCCCUCAAGCACAUUUGGGUAUUCAGAUGUUUUAGAUAAAUUUCUUGCCCGGAGUACAGGAAA